CACACACACACACACAUGCGCGUGCACACACACACUCUCAGUCUCGUAUGCGCACACCCCCGCUGCCAGCGCAAGCAUCGUCAGAUGGGCUGAAGAGCGCUUUUUACUGGUAGAGUUUUGGGGAGAGUAGUCGUUAGGCUGCCAAUCACAAAGUGCACCUUGUCCUAUCGGCUGGGGGAGGUACAAGGACAGGGUCGCUCGCAGACUACGGGCCGCGCUCAAAAACCUUCCUCGCCUUGGAACCUGCCUGUGCCCCUGCGCCCCAGCACCGUCCCAGGACAGGACACCGAGGAGCUCCGCAUCGAGUUUUGGGGAGGGAGGCACACUUUUUGCGCCUUCACACUUCUGCAGAGGAGAGGGAAGCAGAACCAGGGCUCCGUCCUGUACCCCUCCCGGCGUCGAGAGAUCCACUCACGGCUGGACAAGCACAUCAGCGGAACUCACCUGGGCUCAGAGAGGUGCAGGGGGUCAUGGGGAACCCGGACGGGGGCAUUGUCACGCACCCCUCCCUCGCCGUCCUGGACAUAGGGGACGCCAAACCCCCCCACGGCCUGCCCGCCGGUGCCCUUGAGCGCCACCCGCAGGGCGUUUACCUGUCCUGCUUCGACACGCUCCUCAGCGAAGACGUGGCCUGGCUCCUGAAGGCCCCGGAGGCCCCGGACGCCCCCCAGGCCCCCGCCGCGGGGCCCGAGCAGUGCCCCGUCAUAGACAGCCAGGUGGUGUCCCCCGCCCAGGUGGAGCUGGAGGAGCAGGUGGAGGACGGCUCCCUGGAGCAGGUGCAGACCCUCGUCGUGGGGGAGGUGAUGAAGGACAUCGAGACGGCCUGCAAGCUGCUCAACAUCACGGCAGAUCCCAUGGAGUGGAGCAGCGGCAACGUGCAGAAAUGGGUGCUGUGGACGGAACACCUGUACCGGCUGCCCCAUGUGGGCGGGGCCUUCAAGGAGCUCAGCGGCAGAGACCUGUGCGCCAUGAACGAGGAGGACUUCCGACAGCGCUGUCUGCCGAGCGGGGACGUCCUGCACGCCCACCUGGACAUCUGGAAGUCAGCUGCGUGGAUGAAAGCCCGGUGUACAUCAGAAGACAACAAAAUUGCCGAAGGGGAGGAGCUAUGGGCAGAGGCUGACUCCUCCUGCUCGGGGCAGCCCAUCCACCUGUGGCAGUUCCUCCGGGAGCUGCUGCUCAAGCCCCACGCCUACGGCCGCUGCAUCCGCUGGCUCCACAAGGAGAAAGGCAUCUUUAAAAUCGAGGACUCGGCGCACGUGGCGCGGCUGUGGGGCCUGAGGAAGAACCGCCCGGCCAUGAACUACGACAAGCUGAGCCGCUCCAUCCGCCAGUACUACAAGAAGGGCAUCAUCCGCAAGCCCGCCGUGUCCCAGAGGCUGGUCUACCAGUUCCUGCACCCCGUAUGAGCAGGGCGGGACGGAGGGGGUGGGCCGGGGCCGUGAAGAGGCUUCCCCCCCAAACUCCUGAGUACCCCUGCUCUGUCAGGGAAAUGGUCUUAGACCAAAAAAAAACAAGCACACCCCCCGCCCCCCACCCCCCCCUUCAGCUGGCUUGGGUAUACACAUGCACUCCAAAAGCUUUCAUUUUACAGCGGAUUGUCCAGGGGAGCGGGGGAGGCCAGAGCCAUCGUGACUCAUGCACACACUGCCUGUCGGUUGCCGUGACGCGACCAAUCGCAGAAGGAGAGCCGGGUGGGAGGAGCCACAAAGGUCCCUGGUCCUGGUCCCUCCCACCAGGAAGGCCAGCCAGCCAAUGGGAGGCUGACGGCACAACGGACAGCGAAAUGACUGAAAUCCAAAGUGCCCUUCCAAAAACGUCCCAUAAACUGCUUCCUCUUUCGUUCUGUUGUUUAAUUAUAUAUUUUUUAACCAGAUUGUUUUUGGUCGAUGUCUUGGCAUGAAGGCCUUCAUAUUUGGAGGGAAAGGCAUAUUCAGUUCCUUACUUUUCAAACCUAAGAUGGCAGCUGCCUUGUUUUUUCAUUGCUUGGUUAUGAUGACCAUAUAUUGAAUUUUUUUUUAAAGAAGACAGGGGUGGCAUGGCAUAUUAUGAACAUAAUGCUAGGGUUUUUGUUUAUAUUUAGUCCAUGGAAUCAGCAAAGCUUAAGUGGACAUUUUUAGGAGUUUAGAAAUUCCCCUGUACAGAUGUUUCAAUCCCAAUAAGAGGAAAAAGAGGAACAGCUGGUCAGCCUAAUUACAUUGCUGUGAGACCUGACCCUUUCAUAGGAAUGGUAGCACCCUUAUGCAAGAGAAGGUCUUCAUUAAUAUUUCGCUUUUCAACAUUUUAUACUGAUUUUUAUUAUUGGUUUACAGUGAGUAAAUCAUGACGAUUCCCCACACAUCUACACACUACAGAAGCUUUCAUUUCUUUCUGAAAAUGUGGCUGUUGAUGUUGUGCUACCAUGUAGAGCUGGUUAUUUCUGGCGGUUGUCCAGAAAAACAAAUGUAUUUGAAUGUAUGAUUUCUUGUUUUUGAAUAACAACCCUGUUCACCUCAAGCCUGUUGGCAUUAAACGCACUGCUUCACAGA